AUGGCUUCCGGUGACCACAAAGAGACAGAGAAUGAACUGUCAGAACCCCUUGAAGCGGAUCAUGAGUUAUUGAGUCAGUAUGAGGAUGAGGGCCCUGCUGGCAGUAACUUAAAGUCCAAAAGUUUGCCCACUCUAAAUGACUCAGGCCAGCAAAGCAAGGCCUUGUUGACCAAGUCUAUGCAGCAGCAGGCGUCAAUAACAGAGGACAAGAGUGCUGAAUUCAUCCAACUCCCACAGAGGAUCAACCUGAACCAACCUCUACCUGAAUCCCCCACCAGGACUAAUGUUAACUAUACCCCUUCCAGGUCUAGUGUGGUGGGGAUGAGUAGUUCAUUUAACACAGAGACGCAGGUCAGCAAACCCAGGCGUAAAAACCCAACGAGGCAAGGCAUCAUCGCCUCGAGGCUACCCCUGAUGCGUUUACCCACUAGGAAAUACAUGAGUGCGAUUCUCGAAGACUCUCGCUGUUUUUUAUUCUGCAUGUGCUACCUGACAUUCAUCCAGUCACUGAUGGUGUCUGGCUACCUUAGCAGUGUCAUCACCACCAUAGAGAAGAGGUACAGCCUCCGGAGCUCUGAGUCCGGUCUGCUCGUCAGCUGCUUUGACAUAGGCAGUCUGCUGGUGGUGGUUUUCAUCAGUUACUUCGGAGGCCGAGGGCAGAGGCCCAGAUGGUUAGCCGUGGGUGCGGUGUUCAUAGCUGUCGGAGCAGCCCUCUUCUCCUUGCCUCACUUCAUCUCCCCUCCGUACCAAAUCCUGGAGGUGAACUCAUCCCGGGGCAACGAGGGCCUGUGUAUGAACAACAACGGCAGUGGCAAGGACUUUCUGGAUGUGUCCUCCUGCCCCAGAGACCAGGAGGGUAAUGAACACAACCUGUAUGUGGCCCUGUUCAUCAUUGCACAGAUCCUGGUGGGCAUGGGGUCGACGCCCAUCUACACCCUGGGACCCACCUACCUGGACGACAACGUCAAGAAGGAGAAUGCCUCGCUUUAUCUUGGUAAGUAACUGUGUGUGUCUGUCUGUCUCAUGGGGUUUGAAAGAUGUGAAGAUUACACCAACCAAAGUUAAUAAACUACUAGGACAUGAAGGAAGGUAGCUCAGCUAGCAAAUAGGUACUGAUCAGGCCCAGGGCUCCAGACCAACAUUUUCCUCUGGUGCCACUAAGUUUUUCAGUUGGUUGCAGCAUCCCAUGAUUUGGUUGCACCAUUAUUUUUUUGCAUAUCACACAAUUAAAAGGUAUCAUCUUAUAAAGUAAUUCACAGUGCUUUAUUAUAAAGUGUAAUAGACUCUGGGCUUGAAAAACUUUUUUUGCUACUUGUCCGAAAGCUCAAGUCACUGUAACACCAUGAGACAAAAUGGUGACUGGAAAUUGUGUUGUAUGACUCAAGGAACCACUUCACAAAAUAACAUUUAUUAUUAUCACAGUUCGAUGGAAGGCUGCUGGUCCCUGAUCCCAUGCAUUAUGUUUCCUGCCGGUGUGGCCUUGAGCAAGGCACUUAAGCCCCCACAAAGUAAAAUACUACACUGAUAGGCUACUGUAUAAAACACGUGGUCCAUCAACCCUCCAUCUGGAGAGCUACUGGGUGUGCAGGCUUUUGAUCCAACCCUGCUCAAACACUACAGUCCGCUUAUCAAGGUCCUGUUGAGCAGCUGAUUUUUUUGUUUUUUUUACAAUGUGUUAGAGCAGGGCUGGAGCAAAAGCCUGCACACCCAUUAGCUCUCCUGGACUCUCCUGGAGAAUGGUUGUCCACCCUGCAACAUUACAAUUACAACCAAAUACUUUUUAUGUCUUUAUGAAAUAAUUCCCUCAUUCAAUGAACCAGGGAUCAAAUGGCUUAGGUGGACGAUGUAGCUACUAACUAAGACAUGUUUGUCUAGUUGUAAGGCUAAAAUAUUCAGUGUUCAGGGUAGAUCUUGACGGCAUAGGAGUUACUUGUAAAUUAGGCUAUUCUAAUAAUAUGUUUUUACUUUGUCAGAAUUACAUGGCCAGUAUUGAAUAGAGGAGAAUCCUAGCUUUCCAACGGUGUCAGAAUUAUUUCUUAAUACCCAAUUUUGAGCGCUUGAGAGACGGUUCUACAACCGGAGUAUGCAGCAUUGGUUUCAUCAACUGUGCACCCUUAUCAACUGCGUGUUGGCCAUUUGCGGUUAUACACGAGUACCGUUGGAAAGUUAUUUUAGGACAUCGGACAUGACAAUUACAUUAAUACAUGCUAAUAGUUAACUUGCAAGAUUACCAGCCAAACUACACAAUGUUUUGAAUUGGCUAUCUAGUUAGUCUGUUGUACAGUAUAUCAUUAUUUUACCUGCUGCACAAUGUCUUCUCUCUCUCUCUCUCUCUCAACGGCCCACUGGCACAUACGCAGGUGAUGCACACACCAUGACCUUUCCAGGAUUUUCAUUGCUGACCAAAAAUUUGCUAUAACUGAGCAAAUAACUCACUAACUAGCAAUGCAUAUCAACAAAUGUGCCCACACACUAGGAUCGCUUUGAACUAAAAAACGCAUCUCGUAAAUGCAUGAUUGAAAGACCGCUCGUGGCUGCCAAUGCAGAACUACAAUAAUUAUACUCCGAUGCGCUCUGCAGAGAUUGGGACUACUGCCCAACACAUCACAUCCGGAGGACACUUUGAUCCAAUUCUGAUCGGAAUAGCCUAAUUGUUUGAUAUUGUGAUUAUUACGUGAUUUUGUUUUUACUUGUCCAUUCGGACAACUUAAAUCUAUAAUCUGCUUGUCCAACAAAUGUUGUCUUCUUGCAAGCUGACAAGCGUUAAUGUCGAGCCAUGAGACUACUGAGAUGGUAUUGAAGAAAUAAGUUGUUUCAUCUUUUCAUGUUGUGAUUCAAAAUAUUUUAAUGUGAAACCUAAUCCAGUGAUUGUCAUGCAUUUUGGGUAGACAAUUAUGCUAUUGUUAUAUUUUACUGUUAAAAUAGGGCUCCAGAAUUUGUAAAUAUGUUAUUUGCCUCUUCAGCCGCUAGUGGGCGCUAGAUCUUCAGUAUCAUCUAGGCUUAAUGUGCUCAGCUGGUAAUUCACUCGUGUCCCCAACGACUGGUUCGUACAUAAAACAUCCUACACUAAGGCUGCAAAGGCAUUGGUUUCCUCCAUAACGAGCUUUUAAUGGCAUGCCGCCAGAAGAAAACGUACUGUCUUAAUAUAACUACAUUUUUCAGAUGUUGUACACUGCGUUCAGCCAAUCGGGUUGCAGCAGUCUGUUUACCCCCCGCUGAAUGCGGGGCGUAACAUCAUGAAGUAGCAUUAGCCACUCUAGCUGCCUCUGCCUAUACACAAGGCCUUACAAUACACGUGUCUAUUACAAAAUUGGCUACUUAAACUUUGACUUCAGUGAUUCAAUCAAUCCUUGUCCCUUUCUACUGUCAUCCUAGAUAUUUUCGUUCCAGUGGUCUGAAACAACGUAAACCUAAUUAAGGCCUUAACACUGAAAAUCAAAGAAUAGUUAUGAAACAGGCUUGUAUUCUGUGGUGGCCUGGUGCCUGCCUCUGUUACACUCAGAGAAAAAAACCUACACAAAGGGAUUAGCUCCUAGGGUUUGUCCCAAAUGGCACCCUAUUUCUUAUAUUCUCCUCAACCCUGUCUCUAAUGAUGUUCUUGUGGAAGGCCAGUUCACAAAGGAUUUGGGGCUUUGAUCAUGCGGUCAGUCUUUUGGUGCCAGCCAGCAGUAUGGCAGCUGGUUACACACUGGCCAGGAUGUGAGGGGAUUGCCCAUCAGGGCUCACCCGCCUGGCUGGAACACAUGAGGUCUGUCCCAAAUGACACCCCUCAGGGCACUGUUCAAAAGUAGUACACUACAUAGGGAAUAGGGUGUCAUUUGAAACACAGCCUAGAGUGGACAACACUAAUGGUCCUUGACAGAUCUCUGGUCAGUAUAGCCUCAGUCAGACAGUUAUUCUGUGAGGACGGGACAUGACUGUUGGGUAAUGGAGCAACGGUUUAUUAAUUGUAUGUUCAUGGAGUUCCAGGAAGAGCCAUUUAUAAGCUUUGGAAAUGAGAGAAUGGACCUAUAGUUAGUCCAAAAAAGGCUAGAUAACCAAUGUUAUUUUCCUGAUUUAAGAGGGUGCCUAGUAUCCUAUAAUCUCAGAUUAUAUACACAGUAUAAUCUAAGUGUAUGAGAUUUUGUAUGAGAUUUUGUUGUGUGGACAUGUCUGACCAACAAAAUGCAAUAUUCUCUGGGACUGCACUACUAAUAAUAUAAGAACAAAAAGGGUGGACUGACAUCAUCCUGAAACCAAAUCUUAUUUUACUCUGAACGUUAUGUUAUUUAAAGAGGCACAAAUGAAAACUGACCCAAAUUCACAGAGAAGAUGGGGUGGUCCAUGAGAGAUGAAUACUGAAAAAUUAUUAUUAGACAGAAUAAAAGAUUAUGCCUCUCAGCACCGCAAAUAGAUGCAUGGCAAUUCAAGGAGACCAAAUACAAUAAGAAACAUGUCUAUUUUAUAUACAGUGCCUAGUGAACGUCUACACACCCCUUGCACAGUUUUUGCCACAUUUUUAUGCCUUAAAAUUAAUUAUAUUAUGAAAAGGGAUUACGUUGGAUUUUAUUCCUACUGAUCUAAACAACCUGCUCCACAUUUUCACAGUAAAAAAAAAAAGAUGUAAUUUUUUUUCUAAAUGUAACAAAAAAAAUGAAGAUGUCUUGGUUGCGUGUCUUCACACCCCAGAGAUAAUACUUGGUGGAAGGACCUUUGGCCGCAAUUACCGCUAUGAAUCAGUUUGAAUAAGAUUCUACCAACUGCACAACUCUUAGGGCAACAUACAUUGAGUUUACAAAACAUUAGGAACACAUUCCUAAUAUUGAGUUGCAUCCCCUUUUGCCCUCAGAACAGCCUCAAUUCAUCGGGGCAUGGACUACAAGGUGUCGAAAGCGUUCCACAGGGAUGCUGGCCCAUAUUGACUCCUAUGCUUCCCACAGUUGUCAAGUUGACUAUCAAAUCAAAUUUUAUUUGCCACAUGCGCCGAAUACAACAGGUGUAGACAUUACAGUGAAAUGCUUACUUACAAGCCCUUAACCAACAAUGCAUUUUUUAAAGAUUUUGUUUUUUAAGUGUUAAGUAAAAAGAAUAAAAGCAAAUAACUAAAGAGCAGCAGUAAAAUAAAAAUAACAGUAAGGAGGCUAUAUACAGGGGGUUACCGGUGCAGAGUCAAUGUGCGGGGGCACCAGCUAGUCGAGGGAAUUUAGGUAAUAUGUACAUGUGGGUAGAGUUAAAGUGACUAUGCAUGAAUAAUAGACAGAGUAGAGCAGCGUAAAAGAGGGGGGUGGGGGUGGGGGGGCAGUGCAAAUAGUCUGGGUAGCAAUGAUUAGCUGUUAAGGAGUCUUUUGGCUUGGGGGUAGAAGCUGUUGAGAAGCCUUUUGGACCUAGACUUGGCACUCCGGUACCACUUGCCGUGCGGUAGCAGAGCGAACAGUCUGACUAGGGUGGCUGGAGUCUUUGACAAUUUUGAGGGCCUUCCUCUGACACCACCUGGUAUAGAGGUCCUGGAUGGCAGGAAGCUUGGCCCCAGUGAUGUACUGGGCCGUACGCACUACCCUCUGUAGUGCAUUGCGGUCGGAGGCCGAGCAUUUGCCAUACCAGGCGGUGAUGCAACCAGUCAGGAUGCUCUCGAUGGUGCAGCUGUAUAACCUUUUGAGGAUCUGAGGACCCAUGCCAAAUAUUUUCAGUCUCCUGAGGGGGAAUAGGCUUUGUCGUGCCCUCUUCACAACUGUCUUGGUGUGUUUGGACCAUGAUAGUUCGUUGGUGAUGUGGACACCAAGGAACUUGAAGUUCUCAACCUUUUCCACUACAGCCCCGUCGACGAGAAUGGGGGCGUGCUUAGUCCUCUUUUUUUUUUCCUGUAGUCCACAAUCAUCUCCUUUGUCUUGAUCACGUUGAGGGAGAGGUUGUUAUCCUGGCACCACACGGCCAGGUCUCGGACCUCCUCGCUAUAGGCUGUCUCAUCGUUGUCGGUGAUCAGGCCUACCGCUGUUGUGUCGUCAGCAAACUUAAUAAUGGUUUUGGAGUCGUGCCUGGCCAUGCAGUCAUGGUGGAACAGGUAGUACAGGAGUGGACUGAGCAUGCACCCCUGAGGGGCCCCCGUGUUGUGGAUCAGCGUGGCAGAUGUGUUGUUACCUACCCUUACCACCUGGGGGCGGUCCAGGAUCCAGUUUCAGAGGGAGGUGUUUAGUCCCAGGAUCCUUAGCUUAGUGAUGAGCUUUGAGGGCACUAUGGUGUUGAACGCUGAGCUGUAUUCAGUGAACAGCAUUCUCACGUAGGUGUUCCUCUUGUCCAGUUGGGAAAGGACAGUGUGGAGUGCAAUAGAGAGUGCAUCAUCUGUGGAUCUGUUGGGGUGGUAUGCAAAUUGGAGUGGGUCUAGGGUUUCUGGGAUAAUGGUGUUGAUGUGAGCCAUGACCAGCCUUUCAAAGCACUUCAUGGCUACAGACGUGAGUGCUACGGGUCAGGAGUGAUUUAGGCAGGUUAUCUUAGAGCCCUUGGGCACAGGGACUAUGGUGGUCUGCUUGAAACAUGUUGGUAUUACAGACUGUCAGGGACAUGUUGAAAAUGUCUGUGAAGACACUUGCCAGUUGGUCAGCACAUGCUCGGAGUACACGUCCUGGUAAACCGUCUGGCCCUGCGGCCUUGUGAAUGUUGACCUACUUAAAAGUCUUACUCACAUCGGCUAUGGAGCGCGUGAUCACAUAGUCAUCCGGAACAGCUGAUGCUCUCAUGCAUGCUUCAGUGUUGCUUGCCUCGAAGCGAGCAUAGAAGUGAUUUAGCUCGUCUGGUAGGCUUGUGUCACUGGGCAGCUCGCGGCUGUGCUUCCUUUUGUAGUCUGUAAUAGCUUUCAAGCCCUGCCACAUCCUACGAGUGUCAGAGCCGGUGUAGUACGAUUAAAUCUUAGUCCGGUAUUAACUCUUUGUCUGUUUGAUGGUUCGUCAGAGGGCAUAGCGGAAUUUCUUAUAAGCGUCCGGGUUAGAGUCCCGCUCCUUGAAAGCGGAAGCUCUACCCUUUAGCUCAGUGCGGAUGUUGCCUGUAAUCCAUGGCUUCUGGUUGGGGUAUGUAUGAACGGUCACUGUGGGGACGACGUCAUCGAUGCACUUAUUGAUGAAGCCAGUGACUGAUGUGGUGUACUCCUCAAUGCUAUCUGAAGAAUCCCGGAACAUAUUCCAGUCUGUGCUAGCAAAACAGUCCUGUAGCUUAGCAUGUACAUCAUCUGACCACUUUUUUAUUAACCGAGUCACUGAUGCUUCCUGCGUUAGUUUUUGCUUAUAAGCAGGAAUCAGGAGGAUAGCGUUAUGGUCAGAUUUACCAAAUGGAGGGUGAGGGAGAGCUUUGUAUGCGUCUCUGUGUGUGGAGUAAAGGUGGUCUAGAGUUUUUUUUCUCUUCUGGUUGCACAUUUAACAUGCUGGUAGAAAUUAGGUAGAACGGAUUUAAGUUUCCCUGCGUUAAAGUCCCCAGCCACUAGGAGCGCUGCCUCUGGAUGAGCGUUUUCCUGUUUACUUAUGGCUUUAUACAGCUCAUUGAGUGCAAUCUUAAUGCCAGCAUCGGUUUGUGGUGGUAGAUAGACAGCCACGACAAAUAUAGAUGAAAAGUAUCUUGGUAAAUAGUGUGGUCUACAGCUUAUCAUGACACUCUACCUCAGGCGAGCAAAACCUCAAGACUUCCUUAGUAUUAGAUUUUGUGUACCAACUGUUGUUUACAAAUAUACACAGACUGCCACCCCUUGUCUUACCGGAGUCAGCCGUUCUAUCCUGCCGAUGUAGCGUAUAUCCCGUCAGCUGUGUGUUGUCCAUGUCGUCGUUCAGCCACGACUCGGUGAAACAUAAGAUAUUAGUUUUUAAUGUUUUGGGCCUUGUCGGGUGUCUGUAGGAUAUCCUUUGCGUCCGGCUCGUUGAAGAAAAAGCUUCGUCCAAUACGAGGUGAGUAAUCGCUGUCCUGAUAUCCAGAAGCUCUUUUUGGUCAUAAGAGACGGUGGCAGAAACAUUAUGUACAGAAUAAAUUACAAAUAACGCGAAAAAACACACAUAAUAGUACAAUUGGUUAGAGGGCUGUAAAACGGCACCCAUCUUCUCCGGCGCCACUUCUGAUGACUAGAUGUCCUUUGGGUGGUGGACCAUUCUUGAUACACACGGGAAACUGUUGAAUGUGAACAACCCAGCAGCGUUGCAGUUCUUGACACACUCAAACCGGUGCGCCUGGCACCUACUACCAUACCCUGUUCAAAGGCACUUAAAUCUUUUGUCUUGCCCAUUCACCCUCUGAAUGUCCAUGUCUCAAUUGUCUCAAGGCUUAAAAAUCUUUAUUUAACCUGUCUCCUCCCCUUUAUCUACACUGAUUGAAGUGGAUUUAACAGGUCACAUCAAUAAGGGAUCAUAGCUUUCACCUGGAUUGACCUUGUCAGUCUGUCAUGGAAAGAGCAGGUGUUCCUAAUGUUUUAUACACAUAAUCCCUUUUUUCUUUUUUCAUUGUUUUAGUCAAAAUUGCUCAAGCAAUUGGGAAUCAUUGAUGGACACCAAUAUUCAAACCGUGUCUGAUUUUCAAGCAAAUUCAACAUAGGACUGAGACUGACCACUCAGGAACACUCAACACAUCUUGGAAAACCAUUCUGGUGUGACUUUUGCAUUAAAUAUUGUGUAAUUGUCCCACUGAAAAUACAUCUCUAUUCCAUGGUUCGGUAUUCAGAUGACUGAGGCAGGUAUUCUUCUAACUUUUUACCUGGGCUUUGCUCCUUUCAUAUAUAUUGUUUAGUCCCUGCCGGUGACAAGUAUACCCAUAACAUAAUGCUGCCACCACAAUACUUGAAAAUGCGCUCUCUUAAUCUGUUAAAGAACAUUGGUUAUCUAGCCAAAGACACACCAGAAUGGUUUUCCAAGAUGUGUUGAGUGGUACAGUCUCAGUCCUGACUUCAAUCUGCUUGAAAAUCAGAGAUGAGGUUUGAUUGAUUAUGGCUGUCCAUCAAUGAUUGGCAUCCAAAUUUACUGAGCUUGAGCAAUUUUGACAAAAAUAAUGGAUAUACAGUAUGUUACCGUAAGAGUUGUGCAGAGUUGGUAGAAUCUUAUUCAAAAGGAUUUAUAGCUGUAAUUGCUGCCAAAGGCGCUUCCACCAAGUAUUAACUCUGGGGUGUGAAGACGCAACCAAGACAUUUUCGAUUUCAAUUUUGUAUAAAUUAGAUUUGAAUUGUAAGGCAGCAAAAUGCAAGGGAUGUGUAGACAUUCACUAGGCACUUCACAUAAAGCUAUUUUGAUUUUCAAUUGCACUUUGUAGGCCUAGGCUGACAUUUGUGCAAGAUACUUGAAGAUGUAUGAAGCAUGCAUGGUUAACAGUAGGCCUAUAGCAGGGAUCAUCAACUAUAUACAACCGCGAGCCAAUUUCUUUCUUGAGCGGAUGGUCAGGGGGCCGGAACAUAAUUGUAAAUAUAUAUACAUACAUACAUACAUACAUACAUACAUACAUACAUACAUACAUACAUACAUACAUACAUACAUACAUACAUACAUACAUACAUACAUACAUACAUACAUACAUACAUACAUACAUACAUAGCUGUGGAAAAAAUUAAGAGACCACUGCAAAUGUUUCUUAAAUCAGCAACUCUACAUGUAUGACAGCCAUUCCAUUCCAGUGUCUGUUGAAUUCCAACACACACACCUCAUUCUACUGAAUUAGGUACUGAUUAGGUGAUCACAUGAACCAAAUCUUAUUUAACUGAUAAUUUUGCAGUGGUCUCUUAAUUUUUUUCCGCAGCUGUAUAUAUACAGCUCUGGAAAAAAUUAAGAGACCACUGCAAAAUUAUCAGUUUCUCUGGUUUUACUAUUUAUAGGUAUGUGUUUGGGUAAAAUUAACAUUUUUGUUUUAUUCUAUAAACUACUGACAACAUUUCUCCCAAAUUCCAAAUAAAAAUAUUGUCAUUUAGAGCAUUUAUUUGCAGAAAAUGACAAUGGUCAAAAUAACAAAGAUGCAGUGUUGUCAGACCUCGAAUAAUGAAAAGGAAAUAAGUUCAUGUUCAUUUUUAAACAACAAAAUACUAAUGUUUUAACUUAGGAAGAGUUCAGAAAUCAAUAUUUGGUGGAAUAACCCAGAUUUUCAAUCACAGCUUUCAUGCGUCUUGGCAUGCUCUCCACCAGUCUUUCACAUUGAUGUUGGGUGACUUUAUGCCACUCCUGACGCAAAUAUUCAAGCAGCUCGGCUUUGUUUGAUGGCUUGUGACCAUCCAUCUUCCUCUUUUACAUUUUUAGUCAUUUAGCAGACGCUCUUAUCCAGAACGACUUACAGUUAGUGAGUGCAUACAUUAUUUUUUUUCAUACUGGCCCCACAACCCUGGCGUUGCAAACGCCAUGCUCUACCAACUGAGCUACAUCCCUGCCAGCCAUUCCCUCCCCUACCCUGGACAACGCUGGCUAAUUGUGCGCCACCCCAUGGGUCUCCCGGUCGCGGCCGGCUACGACAGAGCUUGGAUGAUCACAUUCCAGAAGUUUUCAAUGGGGUUCAGGUCUGGAGAUUGGGCUGGCCAUGACAGGGUCUUGAUUUGGUGGUCCUCCAUCCACACCUUGAUUGACCUGGCUGUUUGGCAUGGCGUAUUGUCCUGCUGGGAAAACCAAUCCUCAGAGUUGGGGAACAAUGUCAGAGCAAAAGGAAGCAAGUUUUCUUCCAGGACAACCUUGUAUGUGGCUUGAUUAAUGUGUCCUUCACAAAGACAAAUCUGCCCUAUUCCAGCCUUGCUGAAGCACCCCCAGAUCAUUACCGAUCCUCCACCAAAUUUCACAGUGGGUGCGAGACACUGUGGCUUGUAGGCCUCUCCAGGUCUCCAUCUAACCAUUAGACGACCAGGUGUUGGGCAAAGCUGAAAAUUGGACUCAUCAGAGAAGAUGACCUUACUCCAGUCCUCUACGGUCCAAUCCUUAUGGUAUUUUGCAAACCUCAGCCUAGAUCUUAUUUGCUUCUCAUUGAUGAAGGGCUUUUUUCUAGCUUUUCACAACUUCAGCCCUGCCCCUUGGAGCCUGUUCCGAACCGUCCUCGCCGUGGACUUCACCCCAGCUGCCGUUUGCCAUUAUUUUUGUAGGUCACUUGAUGUCAUCCUACGGUUGUUGAGUGACAUUCGAAUGAGUUUGCGGUCAUCCCGGUCAGUAGAGAGUCGUUUUCGCCCUCUGCCAGUCUGUAGCUUUGUUGUCCCCAAUGUCUGCUGCUUGACCUUGUUCUUAUGAACCGCCGUCUUUGAAAUUUUAAGGAUGGAAGCAACCUGACGCUCUCUGUAUCCCUCUGCCAGUAAAGCCAGAAUUGAACCCUUUUCCUCACUCAAAACUUUCCUUUUCAACUCUUUUGGCAUGGUCAAUAGUUAUUUUUUUGAUUAUUACUUUUGAGUUACUAUUAGCACUGUUCUUGCCAUUCAGCUGGUCCUAUUGCAAGAGGAUAGUGAUGACCACAGCAGUGGUUUUUAUACCUUUCCUCGUUAAAUAAGAUUUGGUUCAGGUGAUCACCUAAUCAGUACCUAAUUCAGUAGAAUGAGGUGUGCCUGUGUUGGAAUUCAACAGACACUGGAAUGGAAUGGCUGUCCUACAUGUAGAGAUGCUGAUUUAAGAAAAAUGUGCAGUGGUCUCUUAAUUUUUUCCAGAUCUGUAUGUGUGUGUGUGUGUAUAUAUAUAUAUAUAUAUAUAUAUAUAUAUAUAUAUAUAUAUAUAUAUAUAUAUAUAUAUAUAUAUAUAUAUAUAUAUAUAUUUGACUAAAACCUAAUCAUUUCAAACCUUGCUUACAGUAUAUGUAAUUGUAUACAAUUGUAUCUCUCUUUUUCAUGCGUGGGAAUACUUUGGAACAGAUUUCCAAAAUUAAAAUCACUUGGAGCUGAUUUGAUGGUGUUUUUACAGUCUUUUAUGUCCAACAAUUAAUCUUGGGGGGCCAAAUAAAAUCACCCGUGGACCACAUUUGGGGAACCCUGCCUUAUAGCAUUAUUGCAUGUGUACAGUGUGCUGGAUCGGAUGACUUCACACAUGAGCAAACCACUGCCACCUGGCUGAGUGUGGAGGGAGGAGCAGGUGUAACACAAUCAGACCUAGUGCUUUCACGCCUCGGUUAGCCUGGUAAACCCUGGAGCAUAUGCUCUGGUUUCUAUGGAAAUAAGGGGGAGGGUAGAGGCUACAGUGCCUUCAGGAAGUAUUCACACCCCUUGACUUCUUCCAUAUUUUGUUGUGUUACAGCCUGAAUUUAAAAUGGAUACAAUUUAGAUUUUGUGUCACUGGCCUACAGACUAUACCCCAUAAUUUCAAAGUGGAGUGAAAAGCUGAAAUGUUGUGAGCCAAUAAGUAUUCAACCCCUUUAUGUCAAGCCUAAAUAAGUUCAGGAGUAAAGAUGUGCUUAACAAGUUACAUAAUAAGUUGCAUGGACUAAUAGUGUUUUUAACAUGAUUUCUGAAUUACUCUGUCAUCUCUGUAUCCCACACAUACAAUUAUCUGUAAGGUCCCUCAGUCGAGCAGUGAAUUUCAAACACAGAUUCAACCACAAAGACCAGGGAUGUUUUCCAAUGUCUCGCAAAGAAGGGUACCUAUUGGUAGGGUAAACAUUUGUAAAGCAGACAUUGAAUAUCCCGUUGAGCAUGCUGAAGUUAUUAAUUACACACCCAGUCGCUACAAAGAUACAGGCGUCCUUCCUAACUCAGUUGCCGGAGAGGAAGGAAACCGCUCAGGGAUUUCACCAUGAGGCCAAUCAAUGGUGACUUUAAAACAGUUUUUAAUGGCUGUGAUAGGAGAACCUGAGGAUGGAUCAACAACUUGUAGUUACUCCACAAUACUAACCUAAAUUACAGUGAAAGGAAGGAAGCCUGUAAAGAAUAGAAAUAUCCCAAAACAUGCAUCCUGUUUGCAAAAAGGCACUAAAGUAAAACUGCAAAGAAUGUGGCAAAGAAAUGAACUUUGUCCUGAAUACAAAGCGUUAUGUUUGGGGCAAAUCCAACACAGCACUGAGUACCACUCUUCAUGUUUUCAAGCAUGGUGGUGGCUGCAUCAUGUUAUGGGUAUGCUUGUCAUCGGCAAGGACUAGGGAGUUUUUUUAGGAUAAAAAGAAACGAAUAGAGCUAAGCACAGGCAAAAUCCUAGAGAAAAACCUGGUUCAGUCUGCUUUCCAACAGACACUGGGAGACACAGUCACCUUUCAGCAUGACAAUAACCUAAAACACAAGGCCAAAUAUACACUGGAGUUGCUUACCAAGAUGACAUUGAAUGUUCCUGAGUGGCCUAGUUAUAGUUUUGACUUAAAUCGGCUUGAAAAUCUAUGGCAAGACUUGAAAAUGGCUGUCUAGUAACAACCAUAUUGACAGAGCUUGAACAAUAAAAAAAAAAAAGAAUAAUCCAGGUGUGCAAAGCUCUUAGAGACUUACCCAGAAAGGCUCACUGCUAUAAUCACUGCCAACGGUGAUUUUAACAUGUACUGACUCAGGGGUCUGACUAUUUAUGUAAUCAAGAUAUAUUAGCUCAAGCUCUGUCAAGUUGGUUGUUGAUCAUUGCUAGACAGCCAUUUUCAAAUCUUGCCAUAGAUUUUCAAGCCGAUUUUAAGUCAAAACUAUAACCUCAGGAACAGAGUAUUUUGUGUAGAUCGUUGACAAAAAAUGACAGUUAAAUCAAGGGGUGUCAAUACUUUCUGAAGGCACUGUAGGCCUAUACUAUGUACAUUUAUGAGGUUUGUUCAAGAUUAGUCCUCCCGGCAGGCUCUGAUGUAAAACCAUACGUGUGGUCAUACAGGCAUUUCUGUAUCAGUUGGUGCGAUCGGCUGGCCUUGUCUGUGGGAAAGAUAGCAGGUCGGUUGUAAGUAGACAGUGCUGUGUCAGCAGGUUGCCAUGACGAUGCAGUCAUCCCACAUUUCAUUGUGCCUGUCCCUGCCACCUGUGUCUCCCUCCCUCCCGCAAGGUCACAUGGUCCAAAUUGAUCCAGCUGCCAAGUUGACGCUCAAGUCACUUUCCUGUAACGUAUGGGCCAGGCCCAUUACUCCUGCAUCAAUCUCCUUUGAGUACAGGACACUAACAGUAACACACCUAAUUUCACCCGUCUGAGCUCAUUUACUCAGGGCUGUAGAGACAUAACAGCUCCCUAAGAACAAAUCUUCGCUGUCUGAUGACAACCUUGGAAGUCUUUUUUUAAUUUUUUUACAUGUAUUGAAAGCAGUAACUUCCAAUGUAAUCUGAACAGUUCAUGACUCUAGGACCAAGAACAUUUAUUCAAAAUAGCUUCUGAAUUGUCAUAAUUGUAUGUUAGUUAAUAGGAAAAUAUGGCAGUGUUUUCUGUUUUGGAGAGAAGAGGUUUUCAUCCGACAGCUACGAUAUGUAAUUAGGCAAUGCAUUAAUGGUAAUAAUGGACUGUUUGACUGAAUGACUAGCUGGUUCACCAGUUUGUUCCCCAUUUGAAAAUAAAUGAGCCACACUCUCAGUGCAGUACAACCAGUUCAAAACCCGUACAUGUCUCUGAAUCUCCCUUGGUCUGGGUGACAGAUAGAAGAGCAGUUGGUGAACUGGGUCGCUUGCCGUCGCCCUGUGCUCUAUUGAACUUUAUCUACAAACAUGCACAGCUGCAGACCGCCCGGUGGGUGCUGUAAAUCAGCCAGUGAUGUGUGAUCUCCAUUGUCCCUAGUCUAGCAGGUCAAUGGAAAUGGGUGGUCAGUGUAGCUGCAGCAAAGAUAGCCUAGCGUUCUGUUCAUGCUCCCUUCUGUAUGUGCCAGCCAUCCGAUCUGCAUGCUGAGUACUCAGCAGCAUGUCCCUCUCACAGGUCAUAAUGUUGACCUUAUUAAAGAUCAUGUUUGGUGAAUUUGUGGAAAGAUACAAUAGCUGAUUUUGAUUUAAAUUGUUAUUGAUAUAGGAGCUAUUAGCUACAACCUAGCACAUUGUUUUGGUUGGAAACAGUAGGAAGUCUUUGUGGCUUUUUGUUUUUGCUGUGACCUCAACACAGCAGCUUACUGAAACCGGACGUGACUAAGAUGGCUAAUGCACUGGAAGAACAACCGUGCCUAUUGAAAGUCUGCACACCUCUUGCACAGUCUUCACAUUUUGCUGCUUUAAAAUCAAAUCUAAAAAUGUUUGAAAUUAGAGUGUUUUUCUACUGAUGUACAUAAUUUACUCCACAUUUCCAAAGUGAAAGAAAAAUUAUCAAAAAGGGGCUUAAGUGAUGGGAGUGGAAAUUACAGAACAUUUUAGAGGCCCCCAUCUUGGCUGUGUAGAGAAAUGUUUGCAUUUUUAAAGCUAAUAUCCUGCAAUUCUACACAGUUUGCUAUGCAGCUGAGAGAAAAUGUUGCAUUUUUAAAGGUGAUUCCCUGCAAUUCUACAUAUUCUGGCAUGGAGCUGAGAGAACUGUUCUGGUUUAAAGCAAAUUUCCUGCAAUUCUGUGCAUUUUGCCAUGGCUAAUACUCUGUGUUGUUUCUUGCUCAGACAUAAUAACAAAAUCAAUACUGCUAAAUUCACUGUUCUUUGGAAUUUCAAUUGUCCCUGACUGUCUAGCUUUUAUUUUGGUGAUUGUUAGUUCUCAAAGAUUAUAUGUUUUUAAAAUAUAUAGGUACAUUAUCUUUCCUACAUACUUUAUAUCUGGUUUUAGUUGUUUUAAGUUUACACUGAAAGUGUUUCUCAAAAACUGUUUGGAUUUAGGCUUUUUUAAAUCUUUUUUUUUUUGUUUGGACUUAGGCAUCCCGAAAAACUGCUUAGGCAACCUGCCCAAGGAUUUCAAUGUCAGAAAAAUCCCUGCACUCCAAUCUACUCGCCUGUAUGACAAAGUGAAAAGAAUUAAGCCUGUGUAAAAAAAUAAAAAUAACAUCCACUUCAAAUCCACUGCAACAAGGCUGUUUAGUAAUACUGCAAGACAUGGCAAAGAAAUUAACUAAAUUGGCCUAAAUUAAAAACCUACAUGCUUGGGUUACAUCCAAUACAACACAAAAUUAAACCCUGUGUAUUUUCAAGUAUUGUGGUGGCAGCAUCAUGUUAUGGGUAUGCUUGUCACCAGCAGGGACUGGGGAUUUUGUCAGGGGUCAAAAUAAAUAUGAAAGGAGCAAAGCCCAGGUAAAAAGUAUUCUGAAAACCUAACCCUGGGAAUAUUGCUGUCCAUCAAUGAUUGGCAACCAAUCUUGAGCAAUUUUGACAAAAACAAUGGAUAAAUGUUGCCUUAAGAGUUUUCCAAAGUGAGUAGAAUCUUAUUCAAAAUUAUUGACAAAGGUGCUUCUAUCAAGUAUUCGGCUAAGUCUGGGGUGUGAAGACAUACGCAAUCAAGACAUGUUAUUUAUUUUAUAUAUUUACAGUGGGGGGAAAAAAGUAUUUAGUCAGCCACCAAUUGUGCAAGUUCUCCCACUUAAAAAGAUGAGAGGCCUGUAAUUUUCAUCAUAGGUACACGUCAACUAUGACAGACAAAAUUAGAUUUUUUUUCUCCAGAAAAUCACAUUGUAGGAUUUUUAAUGAAUUUAUUUGCAAAUUAUGGUGGAAAAUAAGUAUUUGGUCAAUAACAAAAGUUUCUCAAUACUUUGUUAUAUACCCUUUGUUGGCAAUGACACAGGUCAAACGUUUUCUGUAAGUCUUCACAAGGUUUUCACACACUGUUGCUGGUAUUUUGGCCCAUUCCUCCAUGCAGAUCUCCUCUAGAGCAGUGAUGUUUUGGGGCUGUCGCUGGGCAACACAGACUUUCAACUCCCUCCAAAGAUUUUCUAUGGGGUUGAGAUCUGGAGACUGGCUAGGCCACUCCAGGACCUUGAAAUGCUUAUUACGAAGCCACUCCUUCGUUGCCCAGACGGUGUGUUUGGGAUCAUUGUCAUGCUGAAAGACCCAGCCACGUUUCAUCUUCAAUGCCCUUGCUGAUGGAAGGAGGUUUUCACUCAAAAUCUCACGAUACAUGGCCCCAUUCAUUCUUUCCUUUACACGGAUCAGUCGUCCUGGUCCCUUUGCAGAAAAACAGCCCCAAAGCAUGAUGUUUCCACCCCCAUGCUUCACAGUAGGUAUGGUGUACUCCUGAGUGGCGCAGUGGUCUAAGGCACUGCAUCGCAGUGCUAACUGUGCCACUAGAGAUCCUGGUUCGAAUCCAGGCUCUGUCGCCGCCGGCCGCGACCGGGAGACUCAUGGGCGGCGCACAAUUGGCCCAGCGUCGUCCAGGGUAGGGGAGGGAAUGGCCGGCAGGGAUGUAGCUCAGUUGAUAGAGCAUGGCGUUUGCAACGCCAGGGUUGUGGGUUCGAUUCCCACGGGGGGGCCAGUAUAUUAAAAAAAAGAUGUAUUCACUAACUGUAAGUCGCUCUGGAUAAGAGCGUCUGCUAAAUGACUAAAUUUUUUUUUUUAAAUGUGUUCUUUGGAUGCAACUCAGCAUUCUUUGUCCUCCAAACACGACGAGUUGAGUUUUUACCAAAAAGUUCUAUUUUGGUUUCAUCUGACCAUAUGACAUUCUCCCAAUCCUCUUCUGGAUCAUCCAAAUGCACUCUAGCAAACUUCAGACGGGCCUGGACAUGUACUGGCUUAAGCAGGGGGACACGUCUUGCACUGCAGGAUUUGAGUCCCUGGCGGCGUAGUGUGUUACUGAUGGUAGGCUUUGUUACUUUGGUCCCAGCUCUCUGCAGGUCAUUCACUAGGUCCCCCCGUGUGGUUCUGGGAUUUUUGCUCACCGUUCUUGUGAUCAUUUUGACCCCACGGGGUGAGAUCUUGCGUGGAGCCCCAGAUCGAGGGAGAUUAUCAGUGGUCUUGUAUGUCUUCCAUUUCCUAAUAAUUGCUCCCACAGUUGAUUUCUUCAAACCAAGCUGCUUACCUAUUGCAGAUUCAGUCUUCCCAGCCUGGUGCAGGUCUACAAUUUUGUUUCUGGUGUCCUUUGACAGCUCUUUGGUCUUGGCCAUAGUGGAGUUUGGAGUGUGACUGUUUGAGGUUGUGGACAGGUGUCUUUUAUACUGAUAACAAGUUCAAACAGGUGCCAUUAAUACAGGUAACGAGUGGAGGACAGAGGAGCCUCUUAAAGAAGAAGUUACAGGUCUGUGAGAGCCAGAAAUCUUGCUUGUUUGUAGGUGACCAAAUACUUAUUUUCCACCAUAAUUUGCAAAUAAAUUCAUUAAAAAUCCUACAAUGUGAUUUUCUGGAAUUUCUUUUCUCAAUUUGUCUGUCAUAGUUGACGUGUACCUAUGAUGAAAAUUACAGGCCUCUCAUCUUUUUAAGUGGGAGAACUUGCACAAUUGGUGGCUGACUAAAUACUUUUUUCCCCACUGUAUUUUUAAAUGUUUGUAUUUUUUUACAGGGGUGCAUGAUUUCUUUUAAGCCUAAUUUAGAUAUUUUUCUGCUUAUAAUUUCCGACAUUUUGGUAGGCUAUUUGUUAGUCACCUUGUCUAUAAUUAGAUACAUGCAGCUUCUCUUCUGUCAUUAAUGCCCUAGAAGACUAAAUAAACUCUUGCUUACCAGAACAAUGUCAUAAAUCGAUGAAUGCUUCAAUCUAGUUGACAUCGGUAAGAUGGGAAAGAUCUUCCGUGCAAAAUUGAUUUGACCGGUAUAAGGAAAUUAAAAGCAGUGUAAACACUCCAAAGAAACUCAGACCCCCAAAACGAACCGAACGGAGACCAUCUCGAGAGGUGGUCUGAGUUUGGUUCUGUGGUCCGUUUCUCUUUUUUAGGGCAAUGUGAACACAAAGCUCCCCAGGUUCGCUUGUCAUUAUUCCCGCAGCACACACUAGACUACUGCAACACCGUUUCCCCUGUCAAAACCCCACAGUGGUGCCACGAGAGAAGAUGAUGAUGAUGAUGUGCAGGUUUGCGGAAAUUAAUAUUGAUUAGCAAUUGUUAAGGAUGCACAGAAAUUCCAAAAUGGGUGGAGUUUUUAGUUCAGAUUAUUUGUUUGAAAUAUGUGAUCUAUAGGCUAAGAGAUUGUUGGGUUUGAAUAGUGUGAGAAGACAAUAUAUUUAGUGAGAAUCACAACAUAGGGUACAGCAUCUAUUCUCGCUCUUAAAGGGGCAGUAGUCUACCUUGGGUGUACAAUUUUCAAUUACAGCAUUAUUAAUUCUGCAGUUAUUCUAUUGCUAUUUAUUCUGUUACCAAUCAAAUGUACAUGUUAAUAUCUUCUGAUUACAAUGAUUAUGUCUCAUAUUUUAACUAAAUGCAAUCUAUUAGCUUCCAAAAUGUAGGCAGGUAUAUCUAACUGUCCGAUAACACAUUCUGAUUGAAUGGCACUUUGUAAAAACCUGCAUGUUGGAAAACGAUUUUGGUUCCUUUCUAUAAAAAAAAAGCAAUGUGAAUACAAAGAUGACUCGGUCCACAGAAAAAAUAGUUGAGUCCUCAUUCAAAAGCAAGGGCAGUGUGAAUACAAAGAUAACUGAGUUAUUUAGCUCCCCCCCACAGAGUUCACUUUAAAGAUGACUGAGAUCACCCUUAGAUGCCUCACAUCACUUAGUCAGGGGUAAAACAUAGGCUUACGCCCCAAAUUGCACCCUAUUCCUUAUAGUUCACUACCUUUGAUCAUUAGGGCUCUGGUCAAGAGGAGUGAACUACAGUGGGGAGAACAAGUAUUUGAUACACUGCCGAUUUUGCAGGUUUUCCUACUUACAAAGCAUGUAGAGGUCUGUAAUUUUUAUCAUAGGGACACUUCAACUGUGAGAGAUGGAAUCUAAAACAAAAAUCCAGAAAAUCACAUUUGUAUGAUUUUUUAAGUAAUUCAUUUGCAUUUUAUUGCAUGACAUAAGUAUUUGAUACAUCAGAAAAGCAGAACUUAAUAUUUGGUACAGAAACCUUUGUUUGCAAUUACAGAGAUCAUACGUUUCCUGUAGUUCUUGACCAGGUUUGCACACACUGCAGCAGGGAUUUUGGCCCACUCCUCCAUACAGACCUUCUCUAGAUCCUUCAGGUUUCGGGGCUGUCGCUGGGCAAUACGGUCUUUCAGCUCCCUCCAAAGAUGUUCUAUUGGGUUCAGGUCUGGAGACUGGCUAGGCCACUCCAGGACCUUGAGAUGCUUCUUACGGAGGCACUCCUUAGUUGCCCUGGCUGUGUGUUUCGGGUCGUUGUCAUGCUGGAAGACCCAGCCACGACCCAUCUUCAAUACUCUUACUGAGGGAAGGAGGUUGUUGGCCAAGAUCUCGCGAUACAUGGCCCCAUCCAUCCUCCCCUCAAUACGGUGCAGUCGUCCUGUCCCCUUUGCAGAAAAGCAUCCCCAAAGAAUGAUGUUUCCACUUCCAUGCUUCACAGUUGGGAUGGUGUUCUUGGGGUUGUACUCAUCCUUCUUCUUCCUCCAAACACGGCGAGUGGAGUUUAGACCAAAAAGCUCAAUUUUUGUCUCAUCAGACCACACGACCUUCUCCCAUUCCUCCUCUGGAUCAUCCAGAUGGUCAUUGGCAAACUUCAGAUGGGCCUGGACAUGCCCUGGCUUGAGCAGGGGGACCUUGCGUGCGCUGCAGGAUUUUAAUCCAUGACGGCGUAGUGUGUUACUAAUGGUUUUCUUUGAGACUGUGGUCCCAGCUCUCUUCAGGUUAUUGACCAGGUCCUGCCGUGUAGUUCUGGGCUGAUCCCUCACCUUCCUCAUGAUCAUUGAUGCCCCACAAGGUGAGAUCUUGCAUGGAGCCCCAGACCGAGGGUGAUUGACCGUCAUCUUGAACUUCUUCCAUUUUCUAAUAAUUGCGCCAACAGUUGUUGCCUUCUCACCAAGCUGCUUGCCUAUUGACCUGUAGCCCAUCCCAGCCUUGUGCAGGUCUACAAUUUUAUCCCUGAUGUCCUUACACAGCUCUCUGGUCUUGGCCAUUGUGGAGAUGUUGGAGUCUGUUUGAUUGAGUGUGUGGACAGGUGUCUUUUAUACAGGUAACGAGUUCAAACAGGUGCAGUUAAUACAGGUAAUGAGUGGAGAACAGGAGGGCUUCUUAAAGAAAAACUAACAGGUCUGUGAGAGCUGUAAUUCUUACUGGUUGGUAGGUGAUCAAAUACUUAUGUCAUGCAAUAAAAUGCAAAUUAAUUACUUACAAUUCAUACAAUGUGAUUUUCUGGAUUUUUGUUUUAGAUUCCGUCUCUCACAGUUGAAGUGUACCUAUGAUAAAAAUUACAGACCUCUACAUGCUUUGUAAGUAGGAAAACCUGCAAAAUCGGCAGUGUAUCCCCACUGUAUAUCGAGGAUAUGGUGCCAUUUGGGAUGCAUCCAUGCUCUUGAUUCUCCAUUCUGUUUGCAUCCAAUGAUCCAUUCUCUAGGCAUCCAUAUUCUUCUAACCCAUUAAUUUGUGUAUUUGUCCUGACGCCUCACAUCUGUCUCUCUCUCUGCAGCCGUCAUGUAUGUGAUGGGAGCCCUGGGUCCGGCUGCUGGGUAUCUGCUGGGAGGAGUUCUCAUCGGCUUCUACGUCGACCCCAAGACUGUGGUCAACAUAGAUCAGAGCGACCCUCGCUUUAUUGGCAACUGGUAAUGUUCCUUACAUUUCACUGAAUAUGUUAUAUGAUGAGAUUGAAUAGAAAUGUUAGCAAUUUACAUGUUUGGUUGCCAAGGCCUAAUAUGUUAAAUAUGGUUGGAUUGAUUGGAGAUGUUAGAAAUGUACAUGGUAUGUACAUGUUAGCUUGUCAAAUGUUGUGGGACUUUAGGCCAAUAGUUUGUGGGAACAUCAAUGUUCCAUGGUGUGUUUAAUGUGGGGCUUGUGUGUUGUGUGAAUGUGCUAUUGAACUCAAUGCAGAUGAUAGGCUAGAUAUGGGAUAAUUGUCUUAGACACACAGUGUUGUAUACAAAAUAAACACUGUACAUUACACUCAACAUACAGUGGGGAGAACAAGUAUUUGAUAUCCAAUUUAAUUUUAGAUUCCGUCUCUCACAGUUGAAGUGUACCUAUGAUAAAAAUUACAGACCUCUACAUGCUUUGUAAGUAGGAAAACCUGCAAAAUCGGCAGUGUAUCAAAUACUUGUUCUCCCCACUGUAUAUUCGAUUUGUAACUAUGCUAAACCCUCCCCUAAUUUUGUAACUAAGCUAAACCCUUCCUGCUCUCAGGUGGAGCGGCUUCCUGCUCUGUUCUAUCGCUAUGCUGCUGGUCAUCUUCCCCAUGUUCACCUUCCCCAAGAAGCUGCCUCCCAGAAACAAGAAGAAGAAGAAGAGGAAAAAGAUCAGCCUGGACAACGUGUCCAGUGAUGAUGAGAUCACCAAGGAGAAGACCAACAGCAAGAGCCAGACGGUUACAUCAUCCAUGGGCUUUGGGAAAGACAUCAAAGGUAUGCUAUACAGAAAGCAUCCUAUUCUCUACGUCAGGGCUGUUCCAUCCUGGUCCUGGAGGGCUGAAACACUUCUAGUUUUCAUCCUCUCCUUCUAAUAAGAGACUAAUUCAGACCUGGGACACCAAUUAACUACCAGGUAGAAACAAACACUACUUGUGUUUCAGCCCUCCAGGACCAGAAUUGAACAGCCCUGCUCUAUGUAGUGCACGGCUUUUGACAAGAGCCCUAUGGGUCCUUGUCAAAAGCAGUGCACUAUAUAUAGCUAAUGGGGUGCAAUUUGGGACGCUCACUGAGGCUAUUAGAAGCAGGGUUAUCUUACUGACUCUUGCCUCUCAUAUACUAUCACUGAUACUGAUGAUAGUCUAUCAGCGCUCGACAUGGUUUGUUGCUGCCACAGACAGCUAUAUACAGCUAGAGCUGAACUGCUGUCACACUAAAACAACUGAAUUACACAAUGUAAUCACAGCCCAUUGCCUUAGUUUUAUGUUCUAAUAAAGUCCACUUUAUUAAGGUACUACUGUAUGGGGGUUUCAUACUAAUCUGGGCAGGUGAAAUGUAGUUCCUAUUAAGGUUAUCCAUAAUCCUUUAUCUUCCUGGUGAGCAGAUGUGCCCUUGGAUAACUCCAUAAUAUAAUUGGACCUUCAGCCUUUGCUGAGUCUGUCUGUCUGUGAUGCUCAUUUUGUUAACGUGCUGUGUUUUCUCUUUAUAUUUCUCCCCCUCUCUCAUCCCUCUCUCCAUCCCUCUCUCUCAUCCCUCUCUCCUUCCCUCUCUCUCCAUCUCUCUCUCCCUGUCUUUCUCUCCCUCCGUGUCCCUGUGUAGAGCUGCCUAAGGCUGCAGUGAGGAUCCUGAGUAAUGUCACCUUCCUGUUUGUGAGCCUGUCCUACACUGCAGAGAGCGCCAUUGUCACCGCCUUCAUCACCUUCAUACCCAAGUUCAUAGAGUCGCAGUUCGGCAUCCCCGCGUCCAGCGCUAGUAUCUACACAGGUAAAGACACAUCUAGUAUCUACACAGGUAAAGAUACAUAUAUCUACACAGGUAAAGACACACCUAGUAUCUACACAGGUAAAGACACACCUAGUAUCUACACAGGUAAAGAUACAUAUAUCUACACAGGUAAAGACACACCUAGUAUCUACACAGGUAAAGACACACCUAGUAUCUACACAGGUAAAGACACACCUAGUAUCUACACAGGUAAAGAUACAUAUAUCUACACAGGUAAAGACACACCUAGUAUCUACACAGGUAAAGACACACCUAGGAUCUACACAGGUAAAGAUACAUACAGUGGGGGAAAAAAGUAUUUAGUCAGCCACCAAUUGUGCAAGUUCUCCCACUUAAAAAGAUGAGAGGCCUGUAAUUUUCAUCAUAGGUACACGUCAACUAUGACAGACAAAUUGAGAAAAGAAAUUCCAGAAAAUCACAUUGUAGGAUUUUUAAUGAAUUUAUUUGCAAAUUAUGGUGGAAAAUAAGUAUUUGGUCACCUACAAACAAGCAAGAUUUCUGGCUCUCACAGACCUGUAACUUCUUCUUUAAGAGGCUCCUCUGUCCUCCACUCGUUACCUGUAUUAAUGGCACCUGUUUGAAGUUGUUAUCAGUAUAAAAGACACCUGUCCACAACCUCAAACAGUCACACUCCAAACUCCACUAUGGCCAAGACCAAAGAGCUGUCAAAGGACACCAGAAACAAAAUUGUAGACCUGCACCAGGCUGGGAAGACUGAAUCUGCAAUAGGUAAGCAGCUUGGUUUGAAGAAAUCAACUGUGGGAGCAAUUAUUAGGAAAUGGAAGACAUACAAGACCACUGAUAAUCUCCCUCGAUCUGGGGCUCCACGCAAGAUCUCACCCCGUGGGGUCAAAAUGAUCACAAGAACGGUGAGCAAAAAUCCCAGAACCACACGGGGGGACCUAGUGAAUGACCUGCAGAGAGCUGGGACCAAAGUAACAAAGCCUACCAUCAGUAACACACUACGCUGCCAGGGACUCAAAUCCUGCAGUGCCAGACGUGUCCCCCUGCUUAAGCCAGUACAUGUCCAGGCCUGUCUGAAGUUUGCUAGAGUGCAUUUGGAUGAUCCAGAAGAGGAUUGGGAGAAUGUCAUAUGGUCAGAUGAAACCAAAAUAGAACUUUUUGGUAAAAACUCAACUCGUCGUGUUUGGGGGACAAAGAAUGCUGAGUUGCAUCCAAAGAACACCAUACCUACUGUGAAGCAUGGGGGUGGAAAUAUCAUGCUUUGGGGCUGUUUUUCUGCAAAGGGACCAGGACGACUGAUCCGUGUAAAGGAAAGAAUGAAUGGGGCCAUGUAUCGUGAGAUUUUGAGUGAAAACCUCCUUCCAUCAGCAAGGGCAUUGAAGAUGAAACGUGGCUGGGUCUUUCAGCAUGACAAUGAUCCCAAACACACCGCCGGGGCAACGAAGGAGUGGCUUCGUAAGAAGCAUUUCAAGGUCCUGGAGUGGCCUAGCCAGUCUCCAGAUCUCAACCCCAUAGAAAAUCUUUGGAGGGAGUUGAAAGUCCGUGUUGCCCAGCGACAGCCCCAAAACAUCACUGCUCUAGAGGAGAUCUGCAUGGAGGAAUGGGCCAAAAUACCAGCAACAGUGUGUGAAAACCUUGUGAAGACUUACAGAAAACGUUUGACCUGUGUCAUUGCCAACAAAGGGUAUAUAACAAAGUAUUGAAAAACUUUUGUUAUUGACCAAAUACUUAUUUUCCACCAUAAUUUGCAAAUAAAUUCAUUAAAAAUCCUACAAUGUGAUUUUCUGGAUUUUUUUUCUUCUCAUUUUGUCUGUCAUAGUUGACGUGUACCUAUGAUGAAAAUUACAGGCCUCUCUCAUCUUUUUAAGUGGGAGAACUUGCACAAUUGGUGGCUGACUAAUACACUUUUUCUCCACUGUAUAUCUACACAGGUAAAGACACACCUCUAACAUCCUUCUGUAACUGUAUCCAAUUUAACUGUUCACCUAUACUAGAGUUGCACUCUGAAGCGCAUAGCUUGGAACACAGGUCUGUUGGAUCUAAAUGACCUCCAGCUUCACCACAGAGAUCAGUUAGAAGUCAGUUAGAGCCUUCACAUUCCUCAAAAGCAUCUCAGUCUGGGACACAGCCUGAAGUGGUCUGUAUCUUUAAGACUACUCCACAUCAGUGGGGCCACGGUGAGAUUCACACUCUCACUACUCACUACUUGACCAUGUCCCAGAUGCCCCCUUUAUUUGAGGAGCAGUGUUUGUAUUAUUCAUGGAUGCUGGCUGGGCCUCCACUCCAUCACUGAGCAUUAGUUGUACAGCAAGCUGCGGUAAAGCUCCAUCACCACUCCCCUAGAAAGGAGAAUCUACUCUACUUCUUGUGUACUUUGGACGGUGUGUUUGGAAGUGAACAGAAGGCCCGAGUAAAUUCUGUUGUAGAAUUACAAACGUGUAAAUGCAAAACAGAUUGCCGUGAUCUAAUCUAUGCGUUCUAGAGACAACACCAUUGACUGUCUUUCUCCUGCUGGCCCAGGUGUGAUCAUCGUGCCCAGUGCUGGGGUGGGUAUAGUCCUGGGGGGCUACAUCAUUAAGAAGCUGAAGCUGGGAGCCAGAGAGUCAGCCAAGCUGGCCAUGAUCUGUAGUGGGGUGUCUCUGCUCUGCUUCUCUACUCUGUUCAUAGUGGGCUGUGAGAGCAUCAACCUGGGAGGCAUCAACAUACCAUACACCACUGGGUAAGAUGGAGACCGCCCUCCCUUCCUUCCUUCAUAUCCUCCUUCCUUUCUUUGCUUCACUCAAUACUCCUCUCGGACUCAUGUAAUCCCCUGUCGAUCUUGCCCUGUUUUUCUCAUCCCCUCAAAAUUCAGUUGAUUAUUUCUCUGCGAACAUUCCAGCCUCCAAAAACCAAUAUCAAAGAAUUAAGCAAUGUGAGGAAUUGUUUAGUUUGUACACUAAGCAGUGGGCGUGCGUUUGUGUGUUUCCCAGUAAUGAUGAGAAGGGGAGGUGAAGGUCAUGAUGAAAGACAGAAGGCCCCUGUGGCUGUCACCAGAUUGAACAACUCUGAUGCACGACACUGUUAUCAUCUAGAAUUAGAGCCUGACCGAUAUGGGAUUUAUGGGUCCGAUACCGAUUUUAGGGAGGCAAAAGUAACUGAUUACCGAUAUAUCUGCCGAUUUUAUAUUGUUUUUUUAGAGGUGGAAUAAAAAUCAGACAAAUUGACACACAUUGUAAUCAAAAGUAUUAACAUAAACUCUAAAUGAUGAUAAUUUCUUAGAUCAAAUAUUAAAAUUAAAAUGUAUUUAAGAACAUUGUAUUUGUGGUUUGCCCACACAUUUUAUUUACUUAAUCAAAUACGCUGGCUGUGGCAAGCUGCUCACCGUCAAACCACCAUGCCAAGUCUCUCACGUUGUGACCUAGAGCUAAAUUAUGUUCAAUGAGCAGCUGGUAGAGCGCCCUCUUCAGGCAAACAUUUAACAUUUCUAGAAAUGACCGCAAAUGAGUUUAUUAUACACUGCUCAAAAAGAUAAAGGGAACACUUAAACAAUACAAUGUAACUCCAAGUCAAUCACACUUCUGUGAAAUCAAACUGUCCACUUAGGAAGCAACACUGAUUGACAAUAAAUGUCACAUGCUGUUGUGCAAAUGGAAUAGACAACAGGUGGAAAUUAUAGGCAAUUAGCAAGACACCCCCAAUAAAGAAGUGGUUCUGCAGGUGGUGACCACAGACCACUUCUCAGUUCCUAUGCUUCCUGGCUGAUGUUUUGAUCACUUUUGAAUGCUGGCGGUGCUUUCACUCUAGUGGUAGCAUGAGACGGAGUCUACAACCCACACAAGUGGCUCAGGUAGUGCAGCUCAUCCAGGAUGGCACAUCAAUGUGAGCUGUGGCAAGAAGGUUUGCUGUGUCUGUCAGCGUAGUGUCCAGAGCAUGGAGGCGCUACCAGGAGACAGGCCAGUACAUCAGGAGACGUGGAGGAGGCCGUAGGAGGGCAACAACCCAGCAGCAGGACCGCUACCUCCGCCUUUGUGCAAGGAGGAGCAGGAGGAGCACUGCCAGAGCCCUGCAAAAUGACCUCCAGCAGGCCACAAAUGUGCAUGUGUCUGCUCAAACGGUCAGAAACAGACUCCAUGAGGGUGGUAUGAGGGCCCGACGUCCACAGGUGGGGGUUGUGCUUACAGCCCAACACCGUGCAGGACGUUUGGCAUUUGCCAGAGAACACCAAGAUUGGCAAAUUCGCCACUGGCGCCCUGUGCUCUUCACAGAUGAAAGCAGGUUCACACUGAGCACAUGUGACAGACGCGACAGAGUCUGGAGACGCCGUGGAGAACGUUCUGCUGCCUGCAACAUCCUCCAGCAUGACCGGUUUGGCGGUGGGUCAGUCAUGGUGUGGGGUGGCAUUUCUUUGGGGGGCCGCACAGCCCUCCAUGUGCUCGCCAGAGGUAGCCUGACUGCCAUUAGGUACCAAGAUGAGAUCCUCAGACCCGUUGUGAGACCAUAUGCUGGUGCGGUUGGCCCUGGGUUCCUCCUAAUGCAAGACAAUGCUAGACCUCAUGUGGUUGGAGUGUGUCAGCAGUUCCUGCAAGAGGAAGGCAUUGAUGCUAUGGACUGGCCCGCCCGUUCCCCAGACCUGAAUCCAAUUGAGCACAUCUGGGACAUCAUGUCUCGCUCCAUCCACCAACGCCACGUUGCACCACAGACUGUCCAGGAGUUGGCAGAUGCUUUAGUCCAGGUCUGGGAGGAGAUCCCUCAGGAGACCAUCCGCCACCUCAUCAGGAGCAUGCCCAGGCGUUGUAGGGAGGUCAUACAGGCACGUGGAGGCCACACACACUACUGAGCCUAAUUUUGACUUGUUUUAAGGACAUUACAUCAAAGUAGGAUCAGCCUGUAGUGUGGUUUUCCACUUUAAUUUUGAGUGUGACUCCAAAUCCAGACCUCCAUGGGUUGAUCAAUUUGAUUUCCAUUGAUCAUUUUUGUGUGAUUUUGUUGUCAGCACAUUCAACUAUGUAAAGAAAAAAGUAUUUAAUAAGAUUAUUUCAUUAAUUCAGAUCUAGGAUGUGUUCUUUUAGUGUUCCCUUUAUUUUUUUGAGCAGUGUAUGUGUAUAAUAUAGGGCGCUUUAUCUGUGGAAUAAAGACUGAUACAAAUAUUUCAGUGAAAGGCUUAUAUCGGGCGAUUUUAAUAUCAGUCAACCGAUUUAUCGGUGGGGCUCGAUCUAGAAUGAAUUAACUCUCUGUUCUGCAGUCCUGGGGCCUUGUCUCCUCUCUUAGGUCCAACCACUGGUUCUGUCCCAAAUGGCACCCUAUUCCCAUUUAGUGCACUACUUUUGACCAGGUCCCAUUUGUCCCUGAUCCAAUUAUGAUUUGUUCAUCCCUCCCUGAUAUAUCUUCAAUAAUUGUUGUAAUUGCCCUUGUUCUGGGCAAUGUGUUUCGGUGCAACUAAUAUCAGUGUAAAUGUGCCCAUUGAAUAGCAGCACGGUAAGAUAGUCUGACUUAAUAUUAUGUUUAUUCAGUUUUAGGAUAAAGCUGUGAUCUGCCUCUUCCUUCCCCUCCCCCUCUCCCCUUCUUUCUCCCUCUCACUUCACCUCUUGCUUUCUCUCCCUCUUCCCUCUCCCUACACUCUCCUCCUCUGUUCCUCUUCCUAUACUCUGCCCCUUAAUCUCCCUCUCCAUUCCUAUUCUCUCUAAAUGAUCUCUCUCUCCCUCUCUCUUUUCAGUCCUACUCUGACUAUGACGCAUCGUAACCUGACUGGAGGGUGUAAUGUGAACUGUGGCUGUAAGAUCCAUGAGUACGCUCCGGUCUGUGGCUCUGAUGGCAUCACCUACUUUAACCCCUGCCUGGCAGGCUGUAGCAGUGUGGGCAACGACAGCACAGGAGUGAGUCCCUCAGUCCCUCAAACACAGUGCGCUGAACGAUCGGCAGACGUACGCCAGAUCCACAUUCGGUGCAAUGUGUGCGAGCAUUAAAGCUAGGGCCAGGAGUUCUUCUUGGCCAUCUUGACUUGACCAGGAAAAACUAUAUUGUUAGGCCCUAGUUAUAGCUUACUGUUCAUUGAACAAACAUUCGUUAAGCAUCCAUUUACAGUGUACAGUCCACAUUGGUAGUACUUGAAUAACACACUCCUAGUGGUACGCACAGUUGCUCCUUAGAAGUUCACAUCCAUAGUACAAUAAGAUGAGCUGAGAGUGAUGCUUUGUGUCCGCCCCUUCCUUUGUCAGAUCCGGAACUAUUCGGACUGUGCGUGUGUCCAGAGCAGACAGGUCAUCACCCCCUCCUCCAACGGCCAGGGCAACCAGCUGCAGCUUGUCAUCGUCAAGACCUACCUGAACGAGAACGGCUACGCUGUGUCGGGGAAGUGUGACCGCACCUGCAGCACACUCAUACCCUUCCUCAUCUUCCUCUUCAUCGUCACACUCAUCACAGCCUGCGCACAGCCCUCCGCCAUCAUCGUCACUCUCAGGUAUAGACCACCCAAAAGAAAACACACUUAUAGACACACAUAUUGUAAGGUUAAGGUUGAGGUAUGGACCCAUUCCGGAACAAAACAAAAUACACAAACAAGAAGUUAUUGUGUGAAGUAGUAGUUGUAUUGUGAGCGCUCUUCUUCUCUUCACUGUUUCAUCCCUUCUUCCUCCUCUCCUCUAGGUCAGUAGAAGAGCAGGAGAGACCCUUUGCACUUGGGAUGCAGUUUGUUCUCCUCAGGACCCUUGGUGAGGGAUGCAGCUUGGCUAACCAGUGAAAUACACUGAUGAAUACUGUAGAGUGCCAUUCUGAGAGUUUAUUUUUUUUAGUUUUAAGUGUGAUCUGACUCGGUCUCCUCCAUGAGGAGUAAUGAAAGGAAAAUGUAAUUUGAGAAGACAGGCUCCCAUUUCCUAUCAGAGAGCAUUACUAAGAGGAACAGAAAAGGAAUCAAAACAUUUUCUCUGCAUCGAGACAUGUAUUGCUGAUAGGGCUGUCAAAGUUAACGCGUUAAUUACAGUUUCCUUUUUGAAUUUUUCACACUGUUAAUUUUGGAAUGGUGGGCCACCACUGCUAAAUGAAUAUAGGGGAAACACUGGAGCUGUCUCUCUUGAGAUGCUGAAACCAUCCACUCUGCGUUCAGCUUUGAGCAACAAAGUUGAAGGAAAACGUACAGAAAGUUUAACCAUAAACAUUUUCCCAGGCGUUUCUUAAGAUAACAGCAAAAACUUAAUUUCCACAGAAGUAGCUAGCCAGUUAUGCUAACAUUAGCUAGCUAGCUAACCAAACAAGAAUGUUUACAAUGCAAUGGCUGAAUGCCUCUAGAUUCAACACAAUGAUUUUAAUCAGAAAAUAACUUCCUUUCCAUUUACGUAAGGUUUUUGUUGUAUUUCUCAGAUUAAAGCAAAUGAUCCCAAUUCUAUUACAGUAGCAGCUUGUGACUAGUUCAUGGUGGACAUGGAUAAGAAGUAGCCUAGGCUAGAUACAAUAGCUGUAUGAUAUUUUACAUCAACUUUUAUAUCAGACCAGGCUGAGUUUUCUUCCCCUAUAAUCAAAAUAUAUUAUACCUACAACCCAAUGGAAUGAAACAUCAUUAAAUAGGGUCAAAUUUGAACCAUUUCUCAAAUGUAAAAAAACAAACAUGCGAUUUAACUAGCUACAUUUUUUAUAUCGUUUGACAGCCCUAAUUGCUGAUAUUAAAUAUCUCAAGAUCAAGUUGAAAACGUACUGUAAUUAGGCUAAAGAUAUUAGGCUUUAGAAAUGGGAAUGUGUGUUUGGCUUCCUGCUCUGAAAGAAGAUGUCCUUCCUUCCCCGCAGCCUACAUCCUUAUACCAAUCUUACUUCUGCUGCUGUUCCUCUCCUCUCUCCCCAGCCUAUAUCCCUACUCCCAUCUACUAUUAUAACUGUUCCUCUCCUCUCUCCCCAGCCUAUAUCCCUACUCCCAUCUACUAUUAUAACUGUUCCUCUUCUCUCUCCCCAGCCUAUAUCCCUACUCCCAUCUACUUUGGGGCAGUGAUCGACACAACCUGUAUGCUGUGGCAGCAGGACUGUGGCAUCCACGGCUCCUGCUGGGAGUAUGACGUCACUUCCUUCCGCUUCGUCUACUUCGGCCUGGCCGCCAGCCUCAAGUUCAUUGGCUUCAUCUUCAUCUUCCUCACCUGGUACUCCAUCAAGUACAAGGAAGAGCGUCUGGAGCGCUGGCUGAAACACCUCUCGCCCAUGGACACAGUCAGCGACCUCAUCUGCCACGCCGGGGGUCACAAGGGGCACGCCCGUACCCGCUCCUGUCCCGUAAAUAUACCACGCAACGAACCUCCCAUCAUCCCCAUCCUCAACAGGGGCCUCAGCAGCCAGAGCUGCCCGGGGAACAGCCUGAAGAGCCUGAAAGCAAUAACCCCGCCGGCCCCUCGCCCUCCCACUCGCUCUCUGGAACAGGUGUCUGCCCGCAUCUGAGGGCUGGGUGAUGUUUCCAACCAACUCCAGCCCUCCCUGCUAGCCUCAGUCUGCAAUGUGUACCUUUCUCACUCUGGUUCUCACUUGUAUAGUAUCCACUCACUCACUCACUCACACACACACACACACACACACACACACACACACACACACGUCACUCAGACAAGCAGCGGUUGGUCAACAUGUAUACAGGAAGACACUGGGAUGGAUACCUCGGUUUAGCUAAUCUCCUCUUCCCUCUACCUAGUGUGCUUGUGUGCUUUUUUUGUUUAUUUUCAUCAUGGAAGUGAAUGUGUAUUAUUAUCCCUGCAUAUCAUCUCUUUAGAAAAUUGCAAGUAUGAUCGUAAUGAUGGUAUUGUGGCAUGGUGCUAUGUGAAAAUGACAUGAAUAAUAGCCUUCAUUGCUCAGUUGUAUUGUUAAUUCUAAGACCUCAGCAGGAUAAGGUGAUUGAGCUAAGAAGCUUGGCCGGCGAGCACAAACUAAAUCCUGUACUAUGCAAGGUCUUUCUUUUUGCCCUAUUAUACAAUGGCAAGCAGUAUUAAAGGCACACAGUGAGUGUUGCCUUCCCUUCCCAUACAAUGUACAAACGUCGUUCAGCAUUGCCCCAGACCUGCGUGUAAUGAUGAGUGGUUGACUUGGAAAGGAUAUGUUUGAAACAUUUGGAAUUGGAACCUCUUCUCCUGUAUUCUGUGGCAACCUCAUAGACCAGCCCACAAAUACAUCCUUUGCCGUAGUUCUAGUUCAGACACACUUGGGGCUGCAUCCCAAAUGGUACCCAAAUACCUAUAUAGUGUAAUACCUUUGACAAGGGCUCAUAGGUCUCUGGUCAAAAGUGG